GAAAUAGCGGUGGACACAUGUUCAGGAAAUUUUUGGAUCUAUUGAGAAUUUUUAUUUGUUUGUUUGUAUUGGAAUUAAUAUUCUAGAAUUAUGGGUCGUAAAAAAGUUAAAAAAUUUAUCGAUAAAAAUAAUUCAAUAACAUUUCAAUUGGUUGGUCGUAGCCAAAAUGAUCCGUUAUUUGUCGAUGAAACAGCACCACAAUAUGUUUUGGUGGAAAAGAAAUCUCGACAAGAAGUUUCGAUUGAUUCGAAUGAAAAUGAAUCAAAAGAAAGUGAUCCACAAAAAUUAGAAAAAGAUCGUCAAAAACGUCGCGAAGAACAAAUCAAAUAUGGUAUUUAUUUCGAUGAUGACUAUAAUUAUCUUCAACAUUUGACCGAUGUCACCGAAAUUGCAUUGCCGAAUGGUAUCGAUUGUGAAACAAUCAAAAAGAAUCAGAAAAAGCCAUCGUUAAUGCUUCCUUCAUCUGUGUUUGAGUCGAGUGUAGUUGAAAAAGAUGAUCUCAAUAAAAAAGCCGCUUUACCUGUUGGUCCGCAAUUGGAUUGGGAUCCCGACGUAAUCGAAGCCAUGGAAGAUGAUUUCGAUUUUGAAGAUCCAAAUAAUCAGAUUGACGAUGAUUUUGUCAUGCAAGCUAUGCAAUCUAACUCAAAUAAUCAAAUCAUUGAUAUUAAUGACACGAUUGAUGAUAAUCAAAUCAGAGAACAUUCAUCAAUCGAUGAAGCUGAAGAUGAAGAAGAUAAUUUAUCAGUUUGUGGAUUUAAUGGAAGUGAUGAUGAUGAUGAUGAAGGUGCUGAUCAAUUUAAUGUUGAUGCUAAAAUGUUAACAAACAAAAAUAUCAAACGAUUCUUUGGUCUAACCGAUGAUAAUGACGAUGGACAAACAGUAAAAACAUCAGCAUCGACACAUUUCACUGAAUAUUCAAUGUCAUCAUCGGUAUUGCCACGAAAUGAUAAACUACAAACAUUGGAUGAGCAAUUUGAACAAAUGUUCAUUCGAGAGUAUGCCGAUCAAAUGGAAAUCGGUGCCCUAGAUACCGAAGAAAUCAGUGGCAAUAUUGAUCCUAAUCACAGUGAUUUGAUGACCAAAUUAGUAGAAGAAUAUGAAGAAUUCAAAGGAACCAAACUUGAAUAUGAACGUAAUGAACAGGCAAUUGAUUAUGUUCGAACCAAUGAAGAUGAUGAACUAAUCGAAGAUUCAAGUGAUAGUGAAAAAGAAGAAAUCGUGAUUGUCGAUACCGGUAGAAAAGGUGACAAAGAUCGUUUUGAUUGUGAAUCAAUUCUAAGCGUAUAUAGCAACACUAAUUAUCAUCCAAAAGUAUUGAAUGAAUCUAUUGAUCGUUAUGGUAAUCCAAUGAUCAAAAACAAUCAUAUCCGUAUCAAUCAUCGAACUGGAAUGCCUAUUACUGAAAAUGAUUCGAAUCUUAGAACGAAUAUAUUGGCCAAUUUAGAUCAUAAAUCAACAAAAAGUAAUAUAACUCGUUUAUCUGAACUAUCGAUUCGUCCUAAAAACGAAACAGCCGAAGAACGUAAACAACGUAAAAAAGAAUUGAAAGAAUUACGUGCGGAACGUCGUGCCGAAAAGAAAGCAAAUCGUUUAGCAUUUAUUGAGGAAAAAAUUCGUUUACAUAAAGCCGAUAUGAAUAAAUCGGUACAAAAGAAAAUAACUGUCAAUUAAAAAAAAUAUUAGAAUUACAUCCAUAUUCUUUGUAUUGAAUAAUUUCAUUUCAUUUCAAAU